AUGUCGGACAAUGCAUCCACAUUUCUGUCCACCCACUUCAAAGACCUUCUACAAAAGUUCAACGUUCAGCAUUGGACUAACCCACGGCACCACAGUCAGUCUAAUCCUGUGGAACGCCUAAACCGCACCAUUAACGCUUGCAUUCGAACGUAUGCCCGAACGAAUCAAAAGCUGUGGGACACUCGAGUUCCCGAAAUAGAAUACGCCAUUAACACCACUCCUCAUGGAGCCACCGGAUUUAGCCCAUACCGAAUUCUUUUUGGACACGAAAUCGUGAGCCGUGGAGACGAGCAUCGCAUAGACCGAGAUCAAAAGAACCUUUCGGAUUCAGAGAGAAUAGAAAAGAAACGCCUAAUUGAUCGCAAUAUAUACGAAUUAGUCAACAAGAACUUACAAAAGCAAUUUCACAAUAAUUCAAAAGCGUACAAUCUACGCCAUAAAUCAUUCUCACCAACAUACUCCGUUGGCCAGAGAGUUUUCAAAAGGAAUUUCCGACAGUCAUCUGCACCGAAUCAAUACAACGCCAAACUGGGUCCUUGUUAUCUUCCGUGUACCGUCGUUGCUCGGGUCGGAGCAUCUUCCUAUGAGCUGGCUGACGAAACCGAGAAAUCCAUUGGGGUGUUCUCCGCGGCUGACUUGAAGCCCGGCGAAACCUGA